GAGACUGCUGUCCAUCUCCGGGUGGAUUUUAAUGGUCUUUUAAAGCAGGCAUGGCAUCUUCGGCGGAUGACCCUGUGGAGAGGCUUCAGGAUGAGGUCUCUUGUUCCAUCUGCCUGGAGUAUCUGAGGGAACCAGUGACCAUCGACUGUGGCCACAACUUCUGCCUGGCGUGCAUCUCAGACUAUUGCGAGCGAGGAGCUGGUUCCACAACCGGGGCAGCUCUCUGUCCCCAGUGCCGGAUGGGGUUUUUGCUAAGCAGCUCCCGCUCCAAUAAGCAGCUGGCCAAUAUUGUGGAGGGCAUUGAGCGGCUGGCUCGGAGGCCCAGCCAAGGACAUGCUGAGGCCUUGUGUGAGAAACAUGGCAAAAAACUGAGGCUUUUCUGCCAGGAUGACGGGGACUCCAUUUGCUUGGUGUGCGACAAAUCGCGGGAGCAUCGAAUGCACACGGUGCUGCCCAUUGAGGAAGCGGCUCAUGAUUACAAGGUAAGGAGGAAGCUGGGUUUGGAUUCCAAAUGGAGAGUUAGGAGUGAGGAUAGGCUGGGCUUCUUUGCCUGCCCAAAUCCUCAGUGGCUCACUAGGGAAGCUUUGGGCCGGUGA